AUGUCAAUACCAGUGGAAGAGAGUUCUAUGAUAAAUGCUGACAUAGAAAAUGAUGUCACGAGUAGCCACCGGAGUCUGGUCGAAACUGUGAGAGUUGAGGAAACAACAGGAUGGAUCAAAAGUCGAACAGUGCUUGGUAUCAUGGGCUUCCUUGGUUUCGCUAAUGUUUAUGCUAUGCGUGUAAACCUGUCUGUGGCAAUAGUUGCUAUGAUAAACUCAACCGCACCAGUACCAUCUAAUGAUUCCACAUUAGAUGUUUGUCCAGUAUCUCCAUCUAGUAAUAACUCUGUUCCAAUUAGGCCAGGAGACUUUAACUGGACAGCAGAACAACAAAGUAUUAUUCUAGGAUCCUUCUUUUAUGGUUAUGUUUUAACUCAGAUACCAGGUGGAAGAAUUGCUGAAAUCUUUGGUGGUAAACUAGUGUAUGGAGUUGGUGUAUUAUUAACGGCAAUAUUCACAAUACUUAGCCCUAUUGCAGCUUUUGUGGAUUUUAAAUUCUUCAUUGUAGUAAGAGUCUUAGAAGGGCUAGGAGAGGGAGUAACCUAUCCUGCUAUGCAUGCUAUGUUAGCAAGAUGGAUCCCACCUAUGGAAAGAUCAAAAUUUGCUGCAUAUGUUUAUGCUGGUUCCAACAUAGGUACAGUGAUUUCUCUGCCUAUAUCAGGGUGGUUAUGUACACUAGAAUUUGGGGGUGGGUGGCCCUUAUGCUUUUAUCUAUUUGGUGGUCUCGGAGUUGUAUGGUUUAUAGCUUGGAUGUUCCUUGUUUACGAUUCACCACAGAAACACCCCAGAAUAUGCCCCAAAGAGAUAGAAUUUAUUACACAGUCUAUUGGAAUUCAGGAGGAUGAAGAACCUAAGUCGAUACCGUGGUGUAAAUUCCUAACUUGCCUCCCACUUUGGGCUAUUCUCAUCGCACAAUGCGGACAGUCAUGGCUUUUCUACACGCAACUGACUGAGUUACCUACAUAUAUGAAUAAUAUAUUGCACUUUGACAUCGUUUCUAAUGCAAGGUUGUCUGCGUUACCGUAUCUCACGGCGUGGGUGGCGGGUAUCUUGAUCAGUAUCUUCGCAGACUGGUUGCUAGUCAAAGGAUGGAUCUCGAGGCUUAAUAGCAUGAAACUUUGGAACACCGUCGCGGCGUUCGUCCCGGCGUUCGGUCUGUUGGGCAUCGCGUGGGCGGGCUGCGACAGCGUGGCCGUCAUGUUGCUGCUCAGCAUCACGUCGGCCUUCGGCGGCGCCACUUACGCGGGCAACCAAAUGAACCACAUCGACCUGUCGCCGCAGUUUGCGGGCACUAUGUAUGGUAUCACUAAUGCAGCGAGCAACAUUUGCGGCUUCAUGGCGCCCUACGUCAUCGGCCUCAUCAUCAGCGACACGCAGCAAACGUUAGGGCAGUGGAGGGAGGUGUUCUACUUAGCUGCCGCUAUAGAUUUAGGCGCCAAUCUCUUUUAUUUAUUUUUUGCGAGUACGGAUGAACAGGACUGGUCCCGUCCGGAAAUCGACGACAUGACAAUCUCGGCGCCGGUAGAGAGCAUCAUGUACUCCGAGUCA